AUGCAGCCGCAAGCGCCGCAAGUGAACCACCACGACGUGCACGAAGAACUCGUCUCGCGACUCGCGCGAUUGACUACCACCACCGUGCGCGGCGAUGAUGAUGAUGGUGAUAAAGGCAACGAAUUUUAUGAAGAAGAAGCCACGACGGCGACGUGGUGUUCGACAGAUUCAGAAUCCGAUUGGAGCGACGCGGAACAAAAAGAAUCCGACAUUCAAUCCUCCAGAUGCGACCGACCGACGUUAAACGCGGCAUCUGGAGGACACGGGAGGCCGUGGGCGAGAACGGCCAGACGGAAUAAGUUUUUCUAUGAACGAGAUGAGAGAAGCGAGAGGGAGAACGAGUGGAAAGGGAAGGCGUUUUCAUCAACGAAUAAUGCGAGCGAGGAGGAAUUCAUGUUCCCGUAUCUUGACGAGUUAGACGUGGACGUGGCAGCUCUCAUUUGCGGGAAAUUAGACGCGAAGAGUUUAGUCGCGGCGACGUUGGCGAAGAAGAAAGACGAUUCAGACGACGCAAACGACGAACUGGCGAAACGCGCGUUCAGGAACGUGAAGGUGACGCCAUCCAUUUUUAGUCAGGGAAGAAGUUUACUCACCAUCGCAAACGUCGCGAAAGCGUGGCUGAGAAAAUUGGACGUGAGCAAGUGUAAGCAAGAGAACGGUGGUAAUACCAAAGCGAUGUUGAUGGAGGUGGCGAAGAAGUGUGGUAAUUUAGAGGAGAUUGUGGCGGUUGAUUUGGGCGAGAACGGAAAAUUUAAAGUGAACGAAAUUAAAGCUUUAGCGAUGGGUUUCAAGUUGAGACGAUUGACGUGUAACGUGAGUCAUUUGAUCGAGCACGUGCGAAAGCAUCAUCCGGACGUGAACAAUUUCGACGAGAGCGUACGGGACUUGGUGUGGUGUCUGGAAAAUAAUUGGCGGGCAUUCGCUACAACACCAGCGGGGAAAGUAUCGACGAGAGAUUUUGAGAAGCUUUCGUUUACGUUGGCGUGUGUCGGAUUGAAGGUACACGCGGCGUGCGAAAAGUCAUUGACAGAAAUUUGUCCGGCGGCGGCGAAAAACGGUGUCUCGAGAUUUGACGCGAGUUGGUCGUUACGCAUCGGCGACGGUGGAAUUCGUGCGGUGGCGAGAACAAUCGAGGGUGAAAACGGCGGAAGUGGGUGGAAGAGCCUUCGCAGACUCGCGCUGAGAAAAUCUGCAUGCACGAAUAACGGGGCUCAGUCCUUAGGCGGCGCUUUGACUCGUCAAGGGUACAAAAAUCCAAGCGCAAAAUACCCAAUUCGCCUACGAUGGCUCGAUUUAGCCUCGAACGAUAUCGCCGACGCCGGUGUAACCGCACUCAUGACAGCUUCCCAUCAUUUAAGUUUGACGCGGUUAUAUCUAAUGUCAAACAGAAUCGGCGCUGAUGGCGCGCUUUCGCUGGCGUCUUCGGUUUUACACAACGACGAGUCAACUUUGAAACGGUUGGAUUUGGCGCACAAUGGGAUUGGCGACGAAGGGUGCGCGACGUUGUUAUCGCCAGGUGGUAGCGGCGCGAGUAAAAGUUUGAAAGUUUUACUGCUCGGUUUUAAUUCAAUUUCUUCUGAAGGAGUGAAAGAUGCCGGCGACCUCCUGCGCUUGCUUCGCAUUGAGCAUUUAGAUUUAUCCUGCAACACGCUCAAACGAGAAGGCUUCAAGUGUAUCGUUGAGAAUUGGAAGUUUGAUCAAGGAAACUUGGCCAAGUUGAAAUCGUUGAACUUUGCGUGCAACGACAUCGGCGGCGGGAGAACGGUGAGAGACGCUUUAUCGUCACUCGCCGCGCAGAUUGAAAAUGGCAGCGAACUAGAGUUGUUGAAUUUGCGAGGGAACGAUUUGGACGAAGUCGCGGCCGAAGGUCUCGCGGAUUUGUUGUUAGUAGACGAGUGCGACAAUCGAGGCUUGGAGCAACUGAACGUGGGGUAUAAUAAAAUAUACAACGCUGGCGCGUACGAAGUAUUUGAAGCGUUGUCGGAAAAUGUAACUUUGUUCGGUUUGGAUUUACAAAGGAACGAAAUCACGGAUGAAAGCGCAGAAUCGCUCGAAAGGGCCAUGACUGAAAACACGGUCUGCGAAGAGUGCGACGUGAGAUCAAACAUGUUUUCCGAAAGCACAGUCAAAGAGCUAAACGAAAUGUUUCAAGACCGAAUCAACGCGAGAUGGCAGCUGGAACCGCCAAAGAAAAGAACGAUUCAGCGAGAGACGUAUUAUAGUAGGAAAGAGAAAGAGAAACGGUAG